AUGGCCGCUGCAAUGGCCCUGCAUGUGAGGCGGCACGGAUUCAACAGGCCGAUUAGCCCUCUUCAAGUAGUCUUGAUCUUCGUCAUCAUUGUUGACACCGCAUCUUUCUUCCUGCUUCACCUACCGUUGAUUCUGGACGAAGUAACGCAGCUGUCAUUGGCAGCGGCGUUUUCAGUAAUUGCUCUCGCUAUGAUUGCUUCUGGUCUGAAGGCCGCCCUCACGGAUCCGUCUCAUCCAGAUGUCCCGUGGAAAUGGGGCAAAGGUUCCUUUGACGACCUCGGGAAGACAGAGCUCCCUUUGUGUCACACUUGCCAUGUUCGCCAGGAGUUUCGGACAGAGCACUGUAACUCGUGCAACAGGUGCGUCGCUGGUUUUGACCAUCAUUGCAUUUGGCUCAAUAACUGUAUUGGCGACGCAAAUUAUGCAAGCUUCUGGACCGCUAUGGUCUCAGCGACUAUGUUUCUAGUCAUCAUGUGCGUGAGCGGGAUUGUGUUGAUCGUGGUGGUCAUCCUGUAUGGUUGUCCGAAGGAGCUGCUGUUGCCGGCGCUUAGCUUCUUAUUGCUCUUAAACAUAGCCUUGCUCGUGCCGAUCUUCACAUUGCUGAUUUUUCAUCUGGCUCUGGUCAACAAUCGGCUGACGACGCUGGAGUACAUCAUGGCGCACUUGGACUACGACAGGGCCCUCGACAGCGGCAAAAACCCACCGCUCCGCCCA